GGUUCGUACACAUCACAGCUGGUACACAGUAACAUUUAGGUUUCCUUUGAGAAAAGUUGACUAUUUUAUUGAUAUCAAGAUGAAGCAGUUUGUUUGCCUUCUGUUGGUUGCUGCCUGUGCUCUGGCAGUUCCUGUUGACCGAGUUCCGAAUUCGAGCUCGACGACAAUUGCUUCGAUUAGCAAGGACACGACCGAGAACAAGGAAGGUCAGACAUCGCCUAGUCAGUAUGCUCAACACCCAGCUGCUGUGUCCAGAAAUGGUCCAACCGGCAUCAUCCCGGUAGCUACUUCUGCCCAACAAACCAAGACAGCCGAAGAAGGCUCCAACAAUCAGCAACCCAUUUCAACGGUAGCAACUUCGACCGAACGCCAGACCACCAAGUCGUGGCACAAGAAACGUGACACCCAAGCCCAAACCCAGCAGCAAAUCCAACCGGCCACCAUCAAUUCUUCCCGACCAUCUGCCGUUGCUGCUGCCGUCAAGAAACCGUUGGCAUCCAACAAUAAUGGACAAACCACAACCGGAAACAAUGCUGCCCGUGGUCAGACUGUGAAAUCUUCCUCUAACGUACCACAGGCUGCCCUGGCUAAGAAGCCAACCGGGGCUGCCCCCGCUCAGGGUUCCGCCGCGCCAACCGUCUCUGGUAACCCAACAUCGACCGUCGCUGCGUCGAAGGUUUAAAGUGGGAAUCUGCUUUCGGAACAUUGGUAAUCACAAACCAUGUACAAACAAUUUUUUUUUUUGUUGAGUAUUUGUAAUAAAUAAUGUAUCAAGAUCAAA